AUGGCCGCCAACAAGCAGGGCAAGAUGCACAUGAACCUCGUUCUCGCAGACACAGAAGAAUUCCGCCGGAUUAAGCGAAAGUCGAAGCCGGCCGCCGGCCCCAACAACGCCCCGCUGGUCGAAGCGGAGGAGAAGCGAACCCUCGGUCUGACAAUCGUGCGCGGUACUCAGGUUAUCUCCUGCUCUGUCGAUGGCCCGCCUCCUGCAGACCCGUCAGCGCGACUCGGCGCCGGUGCGCCAGGUGCCGCUGCUGCAACUCUCGCCGCAGGCCCCGGUAUCAGCAAGCCCGCUGGUCGUGGCCUGCCUGUCGGACUGGGCGGUCCUGCAGCUGGUGUCGGUGGACCGCCACCCCCUGGAGGCUUUGGAGCGUUCCCGCCGGGUGGUUUCCCCGGAGCGCCCCCGCCUGGAUUUGCUGGACGUGGAGGACCCCCCGGUGGACCUCGUAAGUUGAUCUCGCGGUGUGCACGUCAAUGCUUAUGGAUACUAACAUAUUUGAAUUGCAGCUGGCUUUGGUGGACCACCCCCUGGUUUUGCCCCUCCGGGCGGCCCUCGUAA